UUUGACAUUCCAAUCGGACGUUUUGAUUCGGUGCUGUGCAUUUUUGCAGAAAUUCCGUUUGCGAUUUAUUAUUUGGAAAUAUAAAGCAAUGCGUAGAGAAUUCAUCUUAGUUUUGUUAGGAAUUAUAUGUGUAUCGACAUUAAGCUCGCUACUAUCCGGUUAUGUCCAAAUUGAAACGGAUAAAAUACUUUUAGACACAGUGGUAGGCGCUGUAGGAGCUGGUAACUUUUCUUAUUGGCAAUUGAUGCAUAUAGGACCUCUUUUGGUGGAACUCACUUCUCUAUCUGGUGAUGCAGACCUUUACGUGUCCGAUACGAUCAGGCCAAGUUACGAAGUGGACAAGAACAACUUCAGCUCCAUAACCUGCGGUUCAGACUCGGUCUUCAUUCCAUCAGACUUUCCCAGACCAAUUGGUAUCGGUGUAUUCGGUCACUGGUCACAUUAUCUCUCGGAGUACAGCAUCCAAGUGUUCCUGGAUGCUUCAACGGUCCUCAGCGAGGAGCAGGUGAUGGCUAUUGAGAGAGCUCACCAGGGGAUUGGUGAGGGGGAGAGAAAUUUAGACGCUGAGAAGAGAAGAGAGAAGCCGGCAGCCCGGAAAGCUGACGAGGAGCCGAAGCCACGGUUCCUGAAGCUGCUGAACAUCCUCGAUAUGAUAUUUGAAAUGUUCGUCCUUUAGGCAAGCAGUCGAUUUUUGUAGGUCUUUGGUGGUAUUAUCAACUUCUACGUCGAUUGAACGUCCCACGCGAUGAAAUGUGAAAAACGGUAGAAGUGAUAAAAUACUGAAAAAACUGAAAAACUUGAGACAAUGUGUGAUUUUUUUAUAUAUUACUUCCAAAUAUUACAACUACUGUGCUUCCGAUACACAGUGUAGUGUGAAAUGUAAGAUUCUAACAUUUUUGGAGGAGUUUAGUAAGUUUUUGCGUUGCCUAGAUGGCGUUUGUGUCGAUUAAAGUCUCUUCAGUUUUAGUGAUACGUAAAAAUGGAACAAAUGAGUGCUGCUUUUUUAAAAGGUGUGUCUUUACUUGUUCUGUAGAGAACGAAAAGUAUUUAUUUUAUAUUUUAAAGUUAGGUAAAUUAUGUACCUAUUACUCAUUUAUUAUUUUGACUUACGAAAUUUUAAGUAUAGGAGUAGGCAUUCGGAUUAGGGCUGCUGUCUAAUAUUGUCAUAUAGAUAUCGUGUGUCAUAUAUACCUACAUAUAAGGUGACUGGUAAUUAGUGAACGAUAUUUAAACACGUGAUUGUACUCAUGAAAUGAAAUGAAAUGAUAUUUAUUUUGCAAAUAGGUUAUAAAAUAACACUUUUACACGUCAAUCUCUUAAAUAACUAGAUGAGGCAUGAUUAUAAACAACUUUUCCGAAGAAACAUUUUUUGUAUAAUCUUUCUGUUUCUUCGGAAAGUUGCUUGUAAUAAUGCAAUCACGUGUUUAAAUGUCAUUCACUAAUUACACUGUGUGACAAAAAUGACCUCAAUGAAAGUUAAAUUAAUUUGAAUGGGAUAUUUUGUAUCUACAAUUAGCCUGUUAAUAAUCUGCAUUUUUGAAAAGUUUCAGUCACCCUCAGUUUUCUUGCAACUGCAAUACACUUUUUUUAAGUAAAUGUGGUUGAAAAUUGAAUUUAAUCAAGAAAAACAAGUAACACUUGGCUUUUAUUCAGGAUUUUCGGGAAUAUUUAGCGUCAGGUACAUCUCUUUUGAGUGUCCAACAGUAAUCAGCCAACAUGUUCGGACUCCACUUGCCUUGGUACCGUUUUUCCAUGUUGGAUAUAUCCUGAUGGAAUCGCUCGCCGUGUUUAUCACUAUCGGCUCCCAAAUUUUGAGGAAAAAAAUCCAAAUGAGAGUGUAAGAAGUGUAUCUUGAGCGACAUAUUGCAUCCCAUAUUCUUGUAAGCUGAUAUAAUUAAAAUAACAGUUUUUAACUUUGCGGCAAUUCUGUAGUGCGUCAGGGAUGUUUGCUGAACAUCGCGUUGACUGCUUUUACACUACGAUGCGUAAAAUAUGUCCCUCCCUGGUGCGUAGAGUGCGUGGCACAACAGCAUCCUUUGCAUGAUCGCUAGUCGUCUGGAUUGCGAUUACAUCAAUCACUGCAGCGCCAUUUGUCAUGGGGUGGCGCGGCGGUGAUUGUUGUAUUUACUUUACUUAUAUUGUUUUUAUUUUUCUUUUAUAAUUUGUUUCUGUAUAUUACUAACACUAGUCUAUAAGAAAAUUGUUACUAACUAAAUGGACACCAUGGUCUGAAUUAAAUAAAUGAUUAUGAUUAACUAAUGAUGUCAAAUUACGAAGUUGACUUUUAAUAGUAAGUUGACCGCAAAUGUAACAAAAGUUAUCAGGAUGGUUUAUACACACUCUGGGCAUCUCAUUACGAUGUACAGAAACGACAAUCACAAAAAAACUUUUUUUAAUUUCAAUAAUUCAAUAUUAAUUUAUCGGGAACAUACGUCGGUAAGCAAAAUUCGCGUAAUCAAUUUAGUUUAUAUUUAAUGGAAACUGAGGGUGAUCGAACAAAACUAAGUAUGAGGUUUAUAUGCGGGUAGGUAGUAGUGUUUAAAAAACCGACUCGAUUUUGUUUAACAAAAAUACUGUUUACCAGUGUUACCAGUCAGUCACUUUAUACAAGACAGUAUAUUUGUUCUCUAUUACGACGGACUUUAAUGACAUAAAACAAGAUAGUAAAAAUUUUAAAUUGUGCAAAUUAUUUUAUAUCUAUUUCAUUGUAUAACUGUACAUAUACUAAAUAGCUUAGCUACGUGUACAUAAAGCAUGGUAGAUGACUGAUCAACUUCUCCUAUGAGUGGUGUAGCAAAAACGACAUGUUUUUUAUGUAAAAAAGUAAGUGUUUUAUUGUAUAAAUCUAGUAUUAUUAUAAUACUUACUUUUGUAUCUAGUCAAUAAAUAAAUAAUGUUAUUAAUUUAUUUGUAU